AUGAAGAACCUCACUAAAGCUUAUUACUGUUUUCCAGCACUGAACUCUUCAUGCACAAAGGAUACCAGGUCACCAAUUGGAUACUUCAUAAUGUUAUUUUUGUCUUCAAUAUCUGUGUCCACUGUUCUUCUAAAUUUGCUGGUGAUCAUCUCGAUUUCUCACUUCAAGCAGCUUCAGACUCCAACCAACCUGCUCAUCCUCUCUCUUGCUGUGGCAGAUUUAUUGAUCGGACUGAUUGUCAUGCCUGUGGAAGGGCCGCGUUUAAUUGAAACAUGCUGGUAUUUUGGGGACACGCUGUGUAACAUAUUUCCGUUCAUUUAUUCAGUGGCUGUUGCAGGAUCUCUGUGGAGCCUUGUAUUAGUUUCCAUUGAUCGUUUCAUUGCCAUCAGUGAUCCUUUAAGGUACUCAUUGAAGGUCACACACAACAAAAUAGUUAUAAUUGUUGUUCUAGGCUGGUGUAUUUGUCUACUUUAUAUGUUCUUCUUGCUUUAUGACCACCUAACUCAAAUGGAGCCUCACAGGACAUGUCACGGAGAGUGUCUGCUCACAAUCAGUUUCUCAUGGAUUGUUGGUGAUGUUUUUGUGUCAUUCAUUGUGCCUUGUUCCACGUCUGAACGUGGAAUAUCACACCACAACAUGGAUGCAGCCGAGGCAACAAAGGUUCGUCAAGCCAUCACCCAGCAUGGUCAGAUGCUUGGGCAACAGCGAGAGAAACUCACCCGUAUGUCAACAGCCAUCCAGGAGUAG